AUGCGAGAAAUACACGACCUCUCCCUACAAGCCGCGACCGACGCGGCAAUCCGAGCGACCUUCCUCGCUCGUUACUCGAGCGUAGCGAAGAUCGCGGACGAUUUUGAGGUCACCCACCUGAAGGUCAUCCAAGAAGCGGCGGAUUUCGAUGUCGAGGACGAAAUCCGAGCCAGUUUCGAUAAGAUGCAUUACGCCGUAAAGAGUCGCUAUCAUCAUGAAACGGGCGCGCCACUCGGAGGCGCGCCGGCACCGCUCUCGUGUCAGGCCUCGGUGGUCAAGUUGCCUAAGAUCCCGCUACCGCAGUUUUCCGGCGACCUCACGUUGUGGCCUUUCUUCAUCGCGUUGUUCAACGCGUCGAUACACAACCAGCAGAUUUCCGCGAUAGAGAAAUACCAGUAUCUGCUAGCCUCGCUCAAAGGGGAACCACUUAACGUGGUGAAAAACCUGCCGUUUUCCGAGGAGUACUAUCUGAUCGCUUACGACUCGCUG